AGCUUGUAAGCCUAGUUUGUUGAAAAGCUAAAUUCAGUUUGUUAAUUUAACUUGAUCGCGUCACUUGAGUAUUUGUUAUAAACGGUGCGAAAGCCGCUAAUUUCUGUUUUGGUAGUGGAGUAAAAUUUAUUUAAAUCAUCUGGUUUUUUGUGCUUCUCGAGAAUAUAAAGGCGAAAAACAAUAUUAGUUACAAGUUGACUAAGAGAGCAGAGAACAGCGAAAAACUUGGCAGAAAAGUUUCUAAAAACCAGACUGAGAUCUAAAAAAAAAUACGAAAACGGCAACAGAGCAAAAACUACGGCGGACGGACAGUUUGUGAGACAAAGAAAAAACGUAUUGAAAAUAAUAGAAAUAUAAAAAUCAGACACAUGUUACCAAAAGGGGCAAAACUUUGACAUAAAAAGCACCCAAAAGAUAGAUUCAAUACAAAUAAAUAUAUAUCACUGAAGUGAAAAGGGGGUUUGAAGAAAAAUCCAGAGGGUUAAACAAAAGAUAGACAGACGUGGGCGGUGUAUUCAAAACAAUACAAAAACGGAGUCGCAGGCGAUUUUUAUCAAAAAAAAGAAAAAAAUUAAUUAUAAUUAACAAUGGCGGCAGCAGUAGAAGUACGAAAUGGUUAUAAAUAUUAUGGCAGCAAAUCGAAACCAAAAAUUAUACUCAACUAUCUGAAUAUGAAUGUACAACGAGGAUCCAUAUAUGGCUUAUUGGGUGCCUCAGGCUGUGGUAAGACUACUUUGCUUUCCUGCAUAGUGGGUCAAAGAGAAUUCAAUAGUGGUGAUGUUAGAGUAUUGGGUUUAAAACCCGGUGCUCCCGGUAGUGGUAUACCCGGUUCUCGUAUUGGCUAUAUGCCUCAGGAAAUUGCUUUGGUAGAGGAAAUGACCGUCAAGGAGACAGUUUAUUAUUUUGGUCGUAUUUAUGGCAUGAGAGAUGAUAAGAUACGUGAAAAAUUUAAAAUUUUACGUGAUCUUUUGCAACUGCCACCCGCAAAGCAAUUGGUUAAGAAAUGUAGUGGUGGUCAACAGAGACGUGUAUCGUUCGCUUGUGCCAUGAUACAUGAUCCAGAAUUGUUGAUAUUGGAUGAGCCCACUGUGGGCUUGGAUCCAAUGUUGAGAGAGAAGUGAGUAUUGAAAUAAAAAAUUAAU